CACGGGCGGAGCUGGCCUCGCUCGCUCGCUCGCUCGCUGGCUGGCUCCUGCCAGCCCUCCGCCCCUCCUCCGCCACCCGCCGCCGGGUGGGAUCGCGUCCCCCGCUUGCCCUCGGCCCCUGACCCUCGCCGCUGGAGAGCCCGCCGGCGCUUAGGGCCCAGCAGUGCCCGCCGGUAGCGCGCCAGCCAGCAGUGCCCGGAGCCCGAGCGCAGCCUCGAGGUCCCACCUGAGGUGCCCCUGACCGUCCCUGUCCCCCACCCCACCCAGAAUCCCGGCAAUGCUAACCGCUGUCUGUGGCUCUCUGGGCAGCCAGCACACGGACGCCCCUCACGCCUCCCCGCCGCGUCUCGACCUGCAGCCUCUCCAAACAUACCAGGGCCACACGAGCCCGGAGGCCGGGGACUACCCCUCCCCGCUGCAGCCUGGAGAGCUGCAGAGCCUCCCGCUGGGCCCCGAGGUGGACUUCUCACAGGGCUAUGAGCUGCCGGGGUCUUCCUCUCGGGUAACCUGUGAGGACCUGGAAAGCGACAGUCCCUUGGCCCCGGGACCCUUUUCCAAGCUCCUGCAGCCGGACAUGUCACACCAUUAUGAAUCGUGGUUCCGGCCGACUCACCCAGGUACAGAGGAUGGCUCGUGGUGGGACCUUCAUCCGGGCACCAGCUGGAUGGACCUCCCCCACACUCAGGGCGCGCUGACCUCACCUGGCCACCCGGGGGCGCUUCAGGCUGGUUUGGGAGGCUACGUCGGAGACCACCAGCUUUGUGCCCCGCCACCCCACCCACACCCGCACCACCUUCUCUCAGCUGCCGGAGGGCAGCACCUCCUGGGGCCUCCCGACGGGGCAAAGGCCUUGGAAGCUGCCGCCCCAGAGUCCCAGGGGCUGGAUUCCAGUCUGGACGGGGCAACCCGGCCCAAAGGUUCCCGGCGGUCAGUGCCCCGCAGCUCAGGCCAGACCGUGUGCCGCUGCCCCAACUGCCUAGAGGCGGAACGACUGGGGGCUCCGUGCGGGCCCGAUGGGGGCAAGAAGAAGCAUUUGCACAAUUGCCACAUCCCUGGCUGCGGGAAAGCCUACGCCAAGACGUCGCACCUGAAGGCGCACCUGCGCUGGCACAGCGGCGACCGUCCCUUCGUGUGCAACUGGCUCUUCUGUGGCAAGCGCUUCACACGCUCAGAUGAGCUGCAGCGCCACCUCCAGACCCACACAGGCACCAAGAAGUUUCCCUGUGCCGUCUGCAGCCGGGUCUUCAUGCGCAGCGACCACCUGGCCAAACACAUGAAAACCCACGAGGGCGCCAAAGAAGAGGCUGCUGGGGCGGCCGCAGGAGAGGGCAAGGCCGGCGGAGCGGUGGAGCCCCCCGGGGGCAAAGGCAAGCGAGAGGCUGAGGGCAGUGCGGCUCCCUCCAAUUGAGCUCCUCGGCACUGCCUCCCCCUAAUUUCCCCUGGGGGCAUCAGAAGAGAGCUCUCUGGCCUGAUGCCCUUGGGGAAAGGCUUAAGUAAGAGGAGAAGGUGGUUAUUUAUUGAGAGGGAGGAAAAGUGGUGGGGGGGCCAGGGAGAAGGGGCACUGGGGGGUGAUUUAGUCUCUGGGGCUGGACGGACGCGUUUGACUGUUUCGCUGGGCCGGGAGGAGCCGCGCCUACACCUCUGUUUUCCGUUGCUUCACUAUUUCACUCACGACCCUGGGCUGGGCGUUGGGGUGGGGUCCCCCCAAGGAGGGUGGAGGGGGACCCGCUGGAGGAGACUAUGCGUCCCCCAGCAAAAAGGAAUGGGGCCGCCCUGGGCGCUGGGGGUAGCUGUCUGGACACGUCCUUAGCACCUAGGAACCCGGACAUAAAAGCACCUCCGGAACCGCCCAGUGGCCUGGGUCCCUUUCAUCCCCCUCAUAGUACUUCUUGUAGGGUUUCCAGAGGGAGAGCUGAGAUGGAGUAGGGAAGGCUGGGGGGUCCCCCUUUGGGAGGGGUCUCUAUCGGGCUGGGAUGGUUGUUGCUGUAGAAAUAACUCCUUUGAUGCACCUCCUUAUUAAUCCUUCCAGAUCCAGUCUGAUGGAGCCAUGAAGGAAGAGGGGGAAAGGACCAGAAUCUGAGACAGCUUCCCAGCCAGAACUAUGGGGUGGAGGAGAGAGCUAGCUGUAGGGGGUUGAGCAAGGAAGUCCUUUUCUAAAAUGAGAGAAAGGGAUUUGGUGGGGAAAUGGAAGGAACUAACCCCUUCCCUCUUGAACUUGCAUUCAGUCCUUAACUCUUUGUCUUUAUAAAAAAUAAAGUUCAGUAGUCCACACCCCCCAUUUGUUACCCCCCCCAUCCCAUGUAAGCUUUCAAGGCAGCCAGAAGCCUCCUCUCUAGAACUGAUGUAAUUCCUCAUCCCAGGUGCCCCAUCAUUUGCCUUCCCUUGGGGAUGGAAGAGGGUCACCUUGGUUUGCUGGGGGUGUCCCAGCAGAGGGACCUCCGGUGAUUCCCACUCAGAGUGGAAGACUCUGUCUUUGCCUGGUCAUCUCCUGUUCACCUGAGGUUAAGCUCCACUCUUUUUAAGCCCCACUUUUAGCUGGACCCUCCCCUUCCUCCCCUCCUCCCUGCCACUUGCAAGCCUUGACCCUCCUUUGGAGUGCGUGUUAAGAGGCUCCUUCGUCCCCACCUUCCAUAUGAAGGAGUUGUUCUUCCGCUGGAAGGGGUCUGCCUUCUGAGGUGAUGUCUAGGAGGCUAUCUCUGUUCCUUUCUUUAGAUGCUAGAAAUACAUCCUGAUUGUGAUCAUGAGUGGGGAAAGGGGAAGGGGAGAAGCCCAGCAGAAGGCUGAGCCCAGCAAAGGGAAGGAAGCCGAUGGAAGGGUUUGGAGCUAGUGUGCUUUCCCAGGCUUGAGGCAGAGGCCAUAAGGUUCCCCCCGACUUCCCCUUCCCCAGCCCUCUUUCUCCCCCCAGGGCCCUAUGUGAGGAUUAGUUGUGUAUUGAUUUUUAAGUUAUAAGCAAAGGGUAUUUUAUUUAAUAUUAGGGCAUGUGUGUGUGCAUGUUGGGUGUACGUACGUGUGUGCACGUGUGUUUCUCUACUGAGCCUGGGGUCUCUAGCCAGGGAGACCCUAUCUUGUUUUCCCCAUCCAAGAUCCUGGGGCCUAGGCCCACAGUGUCUCUUUCUCCCUUGGGGAUGCUGGAGCCCAGUCCAAGGACUGGGAGUUCUACGGGAAAUGGGGCUGGGAUCUGGGUGGGAAUAUGUGUUUGUGUAGAAGGGAGCCCUUCUUGAAAGGGACAGGGUGACUCUCCCUGAAGGACUCGUGGGCCUGGGGUAGUUUAAGAAGUAAUGCUCUUUCUUUAUGCUCCCUCUUUUCCCUACCUCCUGCUAACCCAAUAAGAGGUCCCUCUUCUUGCUGAGAGGGUUGGGGGCAGGAGAGUUGGCAGUGCCUGUAGGUUGCCUGGCCAGGUGGAGAGAGGGGGAGAGAGGGAGGGUACUUGGGUGUGGGAUGUCUUUCUCCUCCACCCAUCGAAACCAGCCACCCCCUCCCUGUGCCACCAGGACCGCCUUUCUCAGUGACCAUUCUAAGGGGAACUCCUGAAUGGGUGUUAGUGCUGGGGGGACAUGGAGUUCCCCCUGUGGAGGCCCUGAGCUCUAAGGUGUCAGGUGUGGACUUUGGUUAGGUUUUCUUCUGCUCCCCCUUUUAUAGAUCUAGGUUGCUUGGCUGUCUGCCCCCUUCUAGGCAGCCCCCUAGAGGAGAAAUGUAGGAAUUUUUUCUUUAA